AUGACACAUCCACCCGCGCGAGCUGGCCCAGGCGCCGAGCCUUCCUCGAGACCCGCGAUUGCGUUUUUUGAAUUGAAGCACGCCUUGUCAGCUCAAGCGCUGAGAACCAAGCAACAGGAGCGCCUUCUGCUAUCGGUGUUGCCGCGCCACGUGGCAAUGGAGAUGAAGGCUGAUAUCGCAUCCCAGCCACGCCAAGAGCAGUUCCAUAAGAUCUACAUCCAACGCUAUGAAAACGUCAGGUUAAGGGAUGAAAAUAAUUCUUUUUAA